AUGGAGGAUCCUCUCUUUCUAUACUCAGCACUCAACACCACCAGUCUCCCCACUGCUCUCCCCCUCAACGUCAUGAUCAACAACAGUACUGUUACUGACCUCAUGACCAACGCUACGUUCAAACCCUUCAAUGUGUUUGAGGGGUGUGAAGAGAUGGUGGCAGGGAUCCUCUUCGACCUGACUGUUCAGACCUUCAACGUGAUCCUGGGACUCCCUGCUAACAUCUUAGUCCUGGUGAUUCUGCUCCGGAGCCGUAAGGAGCCGUCCUCCUCAGACAUCUUUCUUGGCUGUCUGGCCUUCAUGGACGCUUACUUCGGCAUCAUGGUCCCCUUCAGCUAUCUGAACUUCUACUACUGGCACAGCAAGGACGUCUGGUCCGCUCUCAAGUUCUCCUACGGCGUCAAGGACGCCAGCGGUCCUCUGUUCCUGUCCUGUAUCUGUUUGGAUCGGUUCGUGGCGGUCCUCUUCCCACUCGCCUACGGCCAGCUGAAGGAUACCAAGUACAGGGUGGCUCUCUCCGCGGUGGUCCUGGGGCUCACUUUCACCUACGCCUCCGCCAAGACCGUCGGGGGCCUGCCCAACUUCGAGAAGGUGUUGACAGGGACGAUCCUGGCAACGUUUGCCUGGAUGGUGUUGUGUAACGGGGCCAUCCUGGUGGCCCUGAAGAGUUCCAGAGGCUCUGGGAAGGACAACAUGCACCCCAUGAAGAAGAAAGCCUUCAAGAUGGUGAUGUCGGUCCUGUCCAUCAUCGUGUUCAACUACUUGCCGCCGGUGGCUCUGUUCCCUUUUGAGGACCACUACCCUCCGGAUACGUUCCGCUGCCUGGUGCAGCCGGUGGGGUAUGCCUUCAUUAACAUCAGCAGUAGUAUCCAGCCAAUCAUCUACCUCUCUAGACUGGAGAAGAUCCCUUUCCUCCCUGACGCCUGGACCAAGUGGUGCUGCUCCUCUAACUUGAAGGUCAAGGAGGUGAAGGUGGAGACCAUCUCGCCUGCUUAA